ACUAACUUCACUCCAUUUUUCUCUAUAAAUAUGCAUGUGGAUAGGAGUGUGUAUUACAUAGCUGGCCUUUCUUUUAACUCUUGGUAUCAAGAAGAGUUAGUCACAAUCUAUACAUCUUAAAAAUGGCCUCCACCGCAGUUCAUGGUAAUCCAAUGAACUGCCUGCAGUCCCGAACUCUUCGCCCUUUGGCAAACUUCAAGCCUAGUUUAUGGGGUGAUCGUUUCAGUUCAUUUGAUAUGGAUAACCAGGCAUAUGAAUCGUAUUCUAAAGAGAUUGACGUGUUGAAAGAAGAAGUGAGAAGUAUGCUAGUAAAUGCAAAAAGUAAAACCGCCCAGAAAAUGAGUUUGAUCAACACACUGGAGCGCCUUGGUAUCUCCUAUCACUUUGAGAAAGAGAUCGAAGAGCAGCUCGAACAAAUCUUUCAUUCUCAUGCACACCUUGAAAAUAAUGAAGACUACAAUGAUUUGUUCACAGCUGCGGUUCAUUUUCGAGUAUUCAGACAACAUGGUCAUAACAUAUCUUGUGAUAUUUUCAACAAAUUCAAAGACAGUAAUGGUAAAUUCAAGAAAAAACUUACUGGGGAUGUAAUGGGGAUGCUAAGCUUGUAUGAAGCUGCGUACUUGAGGAUACAUGGAGAAGAUAUUCUAGACGAGGCUCUUGCAUUCACAACCACUCACCUUGAGUCCAUGGUGACAGAAUUAAGCCCUUUUCUUGCAAAGCAAGUGAUGCAUGCCUUAAAGCAACCCCUCCACAAAGGCGUCCCAAGAUUAGAGGCUAGGCAUUACAUCUGUGUCUAUGAAGAAGGCGAUUACAAGAAUGAAUUGUUAUUGAAACUUGCGAAAUUUGACUUCAAUCUGCCACAAUUGAUGCACAAGCAAGAACUGUGUCACAUCUCAAGGUGGUGGAAAGACCUAGACUUUGAAUCAGAACUUCCUUUUACGAGGAGCAGAGUGGUUGAGUGCUAUUUCUGGGCUAUGACUGUGUAUUUUGAACCUCAUUACUCUCUUGGACGGAUCAUACUCACUAAAAUUAUUGUUAUGGCAACAAUACUAGAUGACACAUAUGAUUCAUAUGGUAUAAUUGAAGAACUCGAACCUUUUACAGAUGCAAUACAGAGGUGGGAUAUGAGUGCCAUCGAUCAGCUCCCAGAUUAUAUGAAGAUAUUUUAUAGAGCUCUCCUAAAUCUCUAUGAAGAAUUGGACAAGGAAAUGACCAUGCAAGGAAGAUCCUAUAGCAUUGAUAGCUCAAAAAUUGCGUUUAAAGAACUUGCAAGGAGUUACUACAUAGAGGCUAAGUGGUUCAGAAAAGGAUAUGUGCCAUUUUUUGAUGAGUACAUAGGCAACGGGCUAGAUAGUGCUGGUUAUUAUGUGCUCACAGCAUCAUCCUUUAUGGGCAUGGGAGCAAUUGCUACCACUGAGGUAUUUGGUUGGUUAAAAGAUAAGCCUAAAAUUCUUGUUGCUGCAAACACAAUUGCUAGGCUCAUGGAUGACGUAGUAGAUUACGAGGAAGAUCUAGAGAACGGACGUGUUGCUACAGGAAUUUUAUGCUACAUGAGGCAGCAUCCGGGCAUGAUGUCAAAGGAAAAGGUAGUUGAUGUGUUCAAUAGUAGGGUUGAAAAUGCAUGGAGGGAUAUAAAUGAGGAAAUCCUCACGCCAAACUCCAUCUCCAUGCAUCUCCUAAGGAGAAUUGUCAACCUUUCAAGAUUAAUGGAUACCUUUUACAAGAAAACUGAUGGAUUCACUCAUCCCGAUAAAGUAUGGAAAGAUCAUGUCAUCUCAAUGUUCAUUGACCCCAUACCCGUAUGAUCCGGUGGAUUUGCUGCUAGCGUUUGCAUGGAAUUUGAUUUACUUGUAUGAAUAUUAAUUACUUUGAUCUAGCAAAUAUCUGGGUUGGUGUUUACCUCUAUUGAUUAAUGUACUUCUUCAGUUUAUGAAUGUAACUUUUUUUUUUUUUUUUUUUUUUUGUAA